AUGGCCUGGUCUAGCUGUGGGUCCAAGUCGGAAGGUGUGAGGGUGCCAAAAGGAAUCGGCAAACUCAAAGAGCUGCAAAUACUAGAGGUUGUAGACAUCAGCCGAACUAGUUGCAAAGCAAUUAAAGAGCUAGGUGAGCUUGUGCAGCUGAGAAAACUAAGCGUGGUAACAGAAGGGGCCACCAAACAAAUAUGCAAGCUACUCUGUGAUGCCAUUCAGAAGCUCACUUGCCUCUGCUCCCUUUCAGUGGAUGGUUCACUCGAGUGGCUGCAUGAUGUUUCCUCUCCUCCUCCCAUGUUGAGGAGUCUCAAGUUGCAUGGAUGCCUUGGAGAGAUUCCAAGCUGGUUUGGGAAUCUGACGCAUUUGGUCAAGCUUUACUUAUCGGACAGCAUAAUAAAUGAAGAUGGUAAAAUCAUGGAAAUACUAGGGCCACUUCCCAACCUCAUGCAGCUUCGUCUUGGAGAUGGCUCUUAUAUUGGGGAGAAGUUGGUGUUCAAAACAGAAGCAUUCCCAAAUCUCAAGAAGCUUGGUAUUUGUGAUCUGGUGGGACCGAGAGAGUUGAAAUUUGAGGAUGGCACCUCACCCCAGCUGGCAAUGAUAUAUAUCGGAUGGUGCGAAUUGGCAUCAGGAAUUAUUGGAGUCAACCACCUUCCAAAGCUCAAGGAGAUCGCACUUGGGUACGAUUGUCGAGUGGCGAAGCUUGCUAUGCUGCAAAGUGAAGUGGGUGCACAUACCAACAGUCCCGUGCUGCGACUGUCCGAGGAACGGAGCGACCACGACCUGGGAGGGACCGUCGCCCAAGUGGAAGAAGCAACGGUGGAAUCCUCAUCUCUCCAUCCCGAGCCUGCAGCUGCAGGAGAGAGCUCACGGUCCCAAGCGGUGGGCAUGGAGACGGCAAACAUCAGCAGCCAAGAUCCUGACAUAAGGGAGGCCCAAGGCUCUGCUUUGGUGGAAGAUGAUUUCUGGUCCUGCAAUUCCGACGACGAAGACGACGCUUGA